CAUUCCAUGAUUCCAUCCAUGACCGUCUACGAAUAGCGUAGCUCCCACCCCCUCGACCUUGACUGCAACUAGCGCAGUCUUACCACUUCUGAAGUUGACGCCAGGAGACAGCGAUGGUGGGGAAAGUUCCGUAUUUCGCCGUCUCCGCCGCUUCCGCUGACGCGCAUUCCGUCUCUCCCUGACGCGCGUCUCUCCCUCGGGAACAUACCUUCCCUCGCGCAUUUCUUGACACAGAUUUUUUAUAAUUCUCAAAAGCCCUUUUUCCCGAUACGAUAUUUCCUUCAGCCUUCAUAAGCGCGUCACGGGAUAGGUACCAGUUCCUCGCUGCUGCGCGAGCGCUGUCGAAAUUCGUGUACUGGAAUCGUGUUCCGAGGCCUUUCUGGUGUUUUAGGUGACCUUUUGGUUUUGGAGGAGCCUCCAAAAUAGAACACCUCCAAAAUAGAACCGUGUUCAGCGGCGUUUCUGGCUCUGCGCUUCCAGCUUUCAGCUCGUCGCCGUGGUCCCCGCCUGUCAAGUCGCCCUUCCAGCUCGGUGUUUCUCUGAGCCGUCCGUGUCCGUGUCCGUGUCCGUGUCCGUGGCCGCCUUAGAAAUCGCCGCGAACCGCCGUCAGUCUUCCCGUCAAUCGUCGUGUCCUGCAAGCAAAAUCCCAAUUUCGUCGAGUUGUUUGCGCCGCUUCGUCGGGGUUUCUUCCGCAUUUCGCGUCCAAACAGGGGCAUGCCUGGAGUGGCAGCAGCAGUAGCUUCGCGCUCACGAAUUCAACAACUGCAGGACGCAUCCUUCUCUCAGAUUCAGCAGCUGCAGGAAGCAAUGAACGUGACAGCAACGGAGGCCAUCUGCUGCGGCGUGAUCAUAUGCAACGUGCUCGUGCUCAUGUUCGCUGCAAUCUUUGCCAGCGACGGCAGCGGGCAGGAAAAUGUAUUCGACGAGCGCACGUGGGCCAAUAGCGAUGAUCAGAGCAAGCCGCCCCUGAAUUCGAUCUCUGUGGAUGCUGCCACUCCACCGCCUGUAGUGGUGAUGAAAUCAGGGAAGAAAGACUGAGAGUCAGGAGGAUGGGAAGGAGGGGGUAAGAGAAGCAGGAGCAGUGAAGGGAGCGCAUGUGGGCCAAUCACGGCGACCAGAACAAGCCGCACCUAAAUGCUGUUGCUGUGGAUGCUGCGAUUCAGCCGGCCGAAGUGGUGUUGAAAUCAGGGAAGAAAGACUAGAGUGGGGGAUAGGGAAGAAAGACUAGAGUGGGGGAUAGGGAAGAAGGAGGAGGGAUGAAGGGAACACACGUGGGCCAAUAGCGGAGAUCAGGGAAGAGAGACUAGAACGGGGGAUAGGCAUGAGGUGAGAUUAAGUAGAGGGAUAGAACCUGAUAGUUGCUGCCCCUGAGUUUAUUUCCCGAAGGUGGUCAGCAGAAAGAAAGGCUGAGCAGCAGGGAGGGGGAGGUGAAGAGAAGCAGGAGCAGGAGGAAGAGCCCAUUCGUGGGCUAACAGUGAUGGCCAGAAUGUUUGCCCUGAGAUGUAUAACUGGGGAUGCUGCUACUUCGCUGCACGUAGUGGUGAUGAAGUCAGGGAAGAAAGCAUGAGUUGAGCUUAUAGGCAGCUAGAGGGGUCUGUCUCUGUAAGGGCGGAUUCCUACAAAGUUGGAUCCAGCGAAGUUGGAUCUAACGCGUGCGGUACAGUGCGUUGCAAUCGCGGAAAUUUCCAUUUCAGUGCGGUUCAAUAGGGUGGUACGCGAAGUUGGAUCCAACUUAGCUGGAUCCAACUUAGUAGGAAUCCGCCCUAAUGGUGAUGAGAUAAGAGAAAAAAUAUUCGAGUUGACGAUAGGUAUGAGGUGAUAAGCAAUCGGGAGUCUCUUUACCGUGUCAUUUUUUCUUAUGUUUCGUCAAUACGGAGAAAAUUAU